GCCACCCAAGAAAGAAUUUAUGGGUUGCUGGGCCGGACGGUUAUCCUACCAGCUGUUGUUCGAUGACUCGAAAAAAAAUUCUGCUCUUAGGUUACUUCCAGUACCAGCCAAAACCUUGGUCUGUGUAUCAAUUUUUCUUCCGUCGAGCAACUCGCUAAACUCAAUAGAAUGGCCGCCUUCGCCGCCGCAGGCAGAUCCAUUUUCCGCUCGUCGUCCUCCGCUCGCAGUGCGGCUGCCCGUUUUGCAUCGCAAACCAAGGCCGCUCCAAAAUCCGCUCCAACUUCAUCCUUUAGUGCUUCCGCCAGCAAGCCCCUCUCUCGCCCUGCAUUCAGGCUUCCAGUCGAGAUGAGCUCUGCGGUGGAAUCCAUGCUGCCUUACCACACUGCUACUGCCUCAGCAUUGAUGACCUCGAUGCUUUCCAUCUCUCAGCGUGGUUAUGGAUGGCUUCCUGAAGCUUGCAAUGAUGAUGUAUGAUGAUGAAUGUCAAAUGACUACAGAAGAAGUUCCGUUGGGGAAUCCUCUUCACCUAGAAAUGGUCGGUCCGGCAGGGGAUUUUAUCACAUUGAUGUUAUUAUUUGUGUAGUAGACUAGAAGGGAAACGAACUUAAAUGUGAAGAGCUAUUGCACUACUCUUCUCUGAUACUUUUCAUGUAGUAGUGCAACUUUAAAGACAAUGAGUUCUUACUAUGUCUUCUCUUUGUGUAAAUGCUGGUCAUAUUACCCUGCCCAAGAGAACGGACAUUUUGUCUGUUUUUUAUUCUUGAACAUCAGUCUUUCUUGCUGCUCUUAAGAACCUGAAAUGUUUUGCCUAGUGAAACUGCUUCAAAUGCAUCGUCUCUCCCAUCUGAAAAUGUUGACGAGAACAUCCUCGAGUGAGGCCACUGCCAUAGGGACGUUCCUCGAUGGGUUUCUAACUCAUUUCUUUCAUCUGCUUAUAGGGCUGUAAUGACUCUGUGAAUCCGGCAUGGAAUCCUUCCUGAUAUAUGGUCAAGGGAUGUGAUCAGGGGAAGGGACCUUUCUUCUUAUGGUUAAGUUUGUUUGGAGAAUCGUUAUUUAAGAGUGGAUGUGAUCAGGGGAGUUACGGAUUGGCGAGUUGAAAGUUGAAACUACCAGAAUAUCAUUCGCAAAUUAUUUUGAUAUUGUGUUUUUUUUUUUUUUCUUCUUAAUUCUUAUUAUCCCAUCCUCUUCUCUUCAGGGCAACUUCUUGUUUCGCUGAUGUGAAUCUAUGGUAUUUAGAAGGAAACAUUAGUCAAUUUGGUUGAGGAUUGUGGGAGUUGCAUUCGGAUUAAUGAACCAGGCUGGAUGUGAUCAUUCUUCACCCUUGCCAAGGCUGAUGGCAUUGUGCAAAGACUGCGGAAGAAACAUCCUGAUCUCGUUGGCGAUCUCCGGCUUCAAGUCCCCUAAGUAUGUGCCCACCAAUGUCUGUUGCGUCCAACAAACACAGUGAUUAGCCAGCUUUUCAAAUUUCUUCUGGUAGUUGCGCAGGGUCCCGGUCUGACGAAUUCGAGAUAGGGCUUUGUCGCAGCUUUCUCCCUCAAUCGGACUGAACCGAGCCUAGAGCUCCUGGGAGAACAGUCCACAUGAAAUCGACUCUCUCGUGUCUUUGUAGGUCCGCUUCAGCCGCUGCCACCACUCAAAAAAUUGCUCCACGCGAGGAAACCAUGCCCCUGGAUCCUCCCCCGCAAAUCGGUGAAAUUCCAACCUAGCGACCUUUGCUAGGAAAGUUUCCCUGCUGUCGCUUCAGCUGCCCUCAUCCUUGGAAGGCUUACCCAUACGGCCAUACCCAUACACACAUAAAAAAAAAAACAGCUAGAAAAUCCAAACCGUGCCCAUACCCGUUCGGGUUUUGGGUAUCCACGGUUAUCUAUGGGUAAUGGUUUCUCUUUAUAACUUCAACUAAUUUAGUAAUAUUCACACGUAUUAUCACGUUACGUAAGACGAAAAGUACGACAAUUAUUCACUAGAAUGAACAAAAUUAUUUAAA